CCUUGAUGGGCAGAGACACUAAAAGUCUGUGAAGCAACAUUGUGGGAACUCAGCAGAACACAAGAAGAGGCCGCAGAAGACCUUUUUGUCAAGCAUCCAAUCAUCUGGACUUGGAACCAAAACAGAAAAAUCAGAAACAGAACCAACAAGCAGCCAAUAAGAAAGAAGAAUCAACAGAGGGAAGAAGUACAACUUGGUCUUGAUCAGGUCCAGCUUGGAGACUUAAAAGAGGAAGAAGAGGUUGCAAUGAACCUGCUACUUAUUAUAUCGCUAGCGGCCACCAUCCUCUCCAGUUAUGCAUCAGUCACUAGAAGGACCUGGCCCUGGCACCGACACCUACGUUCCCCCCAGACUCCAUCUGAAAAACAAACAGCGCAAUGUCUGAUUGGAAACGGGAGCAGUUACAGAGGUUCUGUUUCUGUGUCUGCCUACGGCCACACUUGUUUGUCCUGGGACAAGUUCAGUAACAUCGGAAGAAGACUUCUAUCACAGGGCCUGGACAGACACAACUUCUGCAGGAACCCAGACCAAAGCUUGAGUCCGUGGUGUCGGGUGCGAAGAAGACAUAGAAUCGUCAGAGAGUUGUGUAACAUUCCCAAAUGUGACACUGAUUCUCCUGUCACCACAUCUGUUCCUCCAUCUCCAGCUGUGGACACUGAGAAUACGUGCGGGAAAAGAGUGGAGCAGCGUUAUAAGAUUGUGGGGGGUUCGGUCAUACCCAUCGAGGAACAGCCAUGGACAGCGGUCAUCUUUAAAGGCAGAAGACUCCACUGUGGAGGUUCCCUCAUAGCUCCGUGUUGGGUCCUCUCGGCCGCUCACUGCUUUAGCAAAAAAUUUGAGAGCAUCACAAGCAAGGAUCUAACUGUGUAUCUGGGCAAAAGCUCCAUCAGAGAGACUGAUGCCAACAGAGAGCAGAAGUUUGCUGUGGAUCAGAUUAUAAUCCAUCAAGACUACGAUAACAUUGAGGAAACCUUCAAUAACGACAUCGCCCUGCUGAAGCUGAAAAGCAAAGACGGGGUGUGCGCGGUGCGGACCAAGGCUGUGAGGACGGUGUGUCUCCCCCCGCCUCUCACCAAGCUGCCCCUCGGUGCUGCGUGCACCGUCGCAGGACAUGGGAAACAGGUGACAUGGGGAGGGGAGUUCUCUCCCAAACUGAAACAGGCCAACGUUGCGCUACUCUCUCAGAACCUCUGCAACAGCAAGAGUUACUAUAAUAAAAGCGUCACAGAGAACAUGUUCUGUGCUGCGAGUCCUGACUGGAGCAGAGACUCCUGUAAGGGUGACUCAGGUGGACCGCUGAUGUACGAAGUGUCUGGAAGGGUGUUUGUGUUCGGCGUGGUGAGCUGGGGCGAGGGCUGUGCCUUAAAGAACAAACCUGGGGUGUACACACGCGUCACCAACUACAACAGCUGGAUCGCUGAGAAAACAGGGCUGCCUGCCUACACCGCAGGAGUCAUGUACCCCCAGAAGUGAGUUUGAAUAGUAGACAGAGAGAGGAGAGUGGAGCACGAGAUAAGAUGAGGCAGCUAUAGUUUGGUAGACAGAGAGACAGGCAGACCAACCGACCUAGCUAUCAGACCUGACGCCCGCCUCUUAUGCCUUGUUCCUGCAUAGAGAGCAUCGUCCUUCGUGGGACCAUUUGAUGUAAUGUUAUGUGUUAUGUAUUUUAUUGGACUAUUUAUUCAUGACUUUAUUGUAUUUCCAUUCAAAAGUAAUUUAUUUAAAUAUUUGUUUUCUACAAAAGCCAUGUAUUUUGUCAUAAAAUUGUAUAUGUAAAAUAUUUUGAUACAUGGGCACAUCUGUCCAACUGUUUUCUUUUAUUGCAUAUAAAGUUUAUUUCCACAUACU